GCCCGGGGCGGCGGCGGCGGUAGCGGCGGUAGCGGCGGCAGCGCUCCGUAGGCGCAGCGCGGCCGAGCCGCGGCCAUGGGGCACCCACCGCUGGAGUUCAGCGACUGCUACCUGGACAGCCCCGACUUCCGAGAGCGCCUCAAGUGCUACGAGCAGGAGCUGGAGCGCACCAACAAGUUCAUCAAGGAGGUGAUCAAGGACGGCAACGCGCUCAUCGCCGCCAUCCGCGGUUAUUCCUCAGCAGUGCAGAAGUUCUCCCAGACUCUGCAGUCCUUCCAGUUCGACUUCAUUGGUGACACACUAACGGAUGAUGAGAUCAAUAUUGCCGAGUCCUUCAAGGAGUUUGCAGAGCUGCUGCAAGAAGUGGAGCUGGAGAGGUCCAUGAUGGUGCAGAAUGCGAGUGAUUUGCUGAUCAAACCUUUGGAAAACUUCCGGAAGGAGCAGAUAGGGUUCACCAAGGAAAGAAAGAAAAAGUUUGAGAAGGAUGGUGAGAAGUUUUACUCCAUGCUGGAUCGCCACUUGCAUUUGUCUUCCAAAAAGAAGGAAUCUCAGUUACAGGAGGCUGACCUUCAGGUGGACAAAGAGAGACACAAUUUCUUUGAGUCCUCCCUCGAGUAUGUGUACCAGAUCCAGGAAGUACAGGAAAGCAAGAAAUUCAGUAUUGUGGAGCCGGUGCUGGCAUUUCUCCACAGCCUCUUCACUUACAACAACCUGACAGUGGAGCUGACACAGGAUUUCCUCCCAUACAAGCAGCAGCUCCAGCUCAGCUUGCAGAACACGAGGAAUCACUUUUCCAGCACACGGGAGGAGCUGGAAGAUCUGAAGAAGAGGAUGAAGGAAGCGCCCCUAACCUGCAAGCUGCCUGGGCAGCCAACCAUCGAGGGCUACCUGUACACUCAGGAGAAAUGGGCACUGGGCAUCUCCUGGGUGAAGUAUUACUGCCAGUAUGAAAAAGAGGCAAAAACCUUGCGGAUGACACCCACAGACCAGAAGCCUGGAGCUAAGCAGGGCACCUUGGACCUGACCCUGAAAUCGUGUGUACGGAGAAAGACUGACUCCAUAGACAAAAGGUUUUGUUUUGACAUUGAAACUAAUGAAAGGUCCGGGACCAUCACGCUGCAGGCACUCUCAGAAGCCAACCGAAGGCUGUGGAUGGAGGCCAUGGACGGGAAGGAGCCGAUCUAUCACAGUCCCAUCACGAAGCAGGAAGAAAUGGAGCUGAACGAGGUGGGCUUCAAGUUUGUUCGGAAGUGCAUCAAUGCAGUGGAGACCAAAGGAAUCACUACGGAGGGCGUGUACCGGACUGUUGGCAGCAAUAUCCAGGUGCAGAAGUUACUGAAUGCCUUUUUUGAUCCAAAAUGCCCUGGGGAUGUGGAUCUCCAGAGUGGGGACUGGGACAUCAAGACCAUUACCAGCUCACUGAAGUUCUAUCUCAGGAACCUGUCUGAACCCGUCAUGACGUACAAGCUCCACAAAGAGCUGGUCCUGGCUGCCAAGUCUGAGAACCUGGAUUACAGGCUGGGAGCCAUUCAUGCACUGGUGUAUAAACUGCCUGACAAGAACAGGGAGAUGUUAGAACUCCUCAUCCAGCACCUUGUCAACGUGUGUGAGCACAGCCGGGAGAACCUGAUGUCGCCGUCCAACAUGGGGGUGAUCUUCGGGCCCACCCUCAUGCGAGCACAGGAGGACACUGUGGCUGCCAUGAUGAACAUCAAGUUCCAAAACAUCGUGGUGGAGAUCCUGAUAGAGCACUUUGGGAAGAUCUACUCUGGCCCCCCUGAAGACACCACAGCCCCCCCAGUGCCCCCACCCAGGGUGGCUGCCCGGCGGCACAAACCCAUCACCAUCUCCAAGCGUCCCCUGAGGGAGAGACCUGUCUUCUUUGGUGCCUCUGUGGAGGAGAGUGGAGGUCAGUCCGGCUGUUCCCUGAUGCCUUGCCUGCUUCUCACCUCUCCUGCUUCCUGUAACAAUGGAGCAGAGAGGCUCGGCCAGACCCCCAACGGCGGCGGCGUGGAGGCCCCCAGACCCCUGCACCGCAGCCGCCUGCCCGCGCCCCGGCCAGGGGGGGACGAGCCGGGGCGUGCCCCCGCCGAGAGCCUGGGGAAGCUGGGCAGCAGGCUGCAGGAUGGAGGGGCGAAGGCAGCUGCCAGGGCGGCCAACGGCGUGGUGACCAGCCCUGCCCUGAGGACAGCCACGCUGCAGGCCAGGAGACCGGCGCCACGGCCGGGCGUCUGUGGCAGAGAGGGUGACUGUGACGGUGUCCCUAAGCCACGUUCCCAUGGUGAUAAACCUGUGAUAACGCGUCCCCCUGUGAGACCUCCGGAUCCACCGUGCCGGACUCCCAUCCCUCCAAAGCUGGAGCAGAGGCCAGAUCUGAUAGCAGGCACAGCAGAGGAGAUGCCCUCAUCUGUGGUGGCCUCUAGGACCAAGUUCUUUGAGACAGCGUCCCGAAGAACAGGCAGUUCUUCAUCACCACAAGGCAGGAUCCCAAGUGAUGACAGCUGAGGCUAAAGGCUUUGUAAGCACACCUCAGCCCAGCUGGACCCAGGAGACUUUCUGUGCUUGUGACCCAGGAGUCAGAGCUGAGCCUUGCCAGCCCCAGUGCCCUGGAGAGCAGCUAUCUUACCGGAUGAUGAUUUCCAAGCCACGAGUGGGCUCGGAGACCCACGAAGAAAUUAAGAGAGGGAGACCACAAUGGAGAGCAGGUCCUGCCCACACAUCCGUGUUGAACUGUUCCCUGCCCUCCAAGCUCUCCUCUCUCCUCUCUCGUGUGUGCCCGUGCAGGUGACGGCAGCAUGGGCAGGGCUGGGGGACACAGACCGCCUGUGGAAGGGACAGUGGAGCCCCUGUUCACCUGCUCACUUUCAGGAAACAUGCCUUGAAAAGGGUGUAUGGACAGCACGAGGGCUGAGUCUCUGUGUUUGGAUGCAAGGGCAAAACAGCUGCAGUCCCCCCUUGCCCUGCUUGCCCUGAGAAGCCCCUUCCUUUGUGCUUGUGUCCCUCGCUUGGUGCGUGUCAGUGUGUGGGACAGCUGUGCCUGGAAACGCUGCCCAUGGUGACACAGGUUGGGCAGGGAUGGGGGGAUCACUGUGCUCAGCUCUGUGGCAUGUCUCCUCAUCUCCUGGACAUCCCUGGCCUGGGUCAUUACGCUGACAGACAGGCCUGGCCGGGGGCUUGGCCUGAGCCAUGGCCACAGCCUUGCCUGGGACCAGCUGUCAGGCAGCACCCUCGGGUCAGCAGCCUCCAAGGGUGCCGCUGGGGGAAGGGAGCAGCAGGUGCUCCUCCUCUUCCUCUUCCUCUUCCUCCACUGCCUCCUCUUCCAUGUGAGCCACACUCCCACCAGAUCCACUUCUCACAGGCCCACCAAGAAGUCUCCGUCCUGGGUGAUUGCGGUGGCCAGCACAGAGGUGCUGAGGAUCUGAAACUCACUGUUUGUGGGUCAAACCCAUUGUUUUGUUUUGUUUUGUUUUGUUUUAAGAACUGCUCAGUUUCUUGUUUGCUUGUUUAUUCAUUUCCAGUAUGAGAUGCCCAGCCUGUCCCUCAGCCACGGCCCUGUGGAUGAUGCCCAUUGGCCCGGGAGGUGUCCCUGGCCAGGACCUCUGUAGCAGUAGAGGCUUGUCUGUUGCUCCAGCUGCCACCAGGGCCCAGCUCCAGGGCUGAGCAUGGCAGAGAGCUGCUUCCUUGCUUCCUCCACCCACCCAAAGAUGACUCCCUCCUUUUGAAUGGUUUCCUUUAGGUGCUGAGAGCAUUUGCAAACCAGUGGCCAAACAUUCCCAGGUGCUCCAUUCCCUCGAGCAUGGUGUUCUGCCCGGCGCAGGCCCUUCCCAUCUCCCGGCGCUCUGCCCCUGUGUGACCUCGUGUCUCGUAUUGCUGAAUGGCACACACUGGAGCUCACGUGUGUCAUGUCCAUGGUGCUCUCACUCCCUUGGCUUCAGCUGCUCCCUCCUUUAGGCCUGGCACAUGUAAGUGGCUUUCAAACCAAACCAGCCCUGUGCUGUGGCACUUGAGGCUGUGCCACAUGCACUGGCAGCACCUGGGCUGUGCUGGCCCCUCCUGCUGCAGCCCCUCGCCAGGGGUUCAAGGACAAUGCACAGGGUUCUGAUAAGGGUUCUCUGAACAGGUAGGGUGGAGCUGAAGCUGGAGCCAGCUGCUCUGACCAGCCUGGCACUGGGGCCACGUGCCUGCAGCAUGUCACCCCCUGGCCCUGUUGGGGUGUUGGGCUUGUGGCUCCUGCACAAAAGGCCAGCAUUUCCCUACUGUCUUUCUUGCUUUGGGCUGCUGUUUGGGGACCCCUCGAGCCUGUCACUCCUUGGGUUGUGCAGAUGUACGUGGCACUGGAGGUGACAUUCUGUGGGAGCAGUGGCUUGUCACAUCCUCUCCUGCUCGUGCCCACUGCCCAGCGCAGACCCCCAGGACAGAGCCUGGCUCCAUGGGUAGGGAGAAUCCAAGGGUGGUCGGUUUUCCAUCAGAGAGUGUGAGCAGUGGGGAGAGGCAGCUUCUUGCAGAUUAUUUCAUGGUGUCCUUUUAAAAUUCUUUGUCAUUUGUAUGUCUGUGUUGAUUUUUCCUGCACCUCUGGGUGCAGCUGAACACUGGGGACCAGCAGCUGGAGCAGUGGGGGAUGCUGGUUGUGCUGGCAGGGGGCUGUGGGGUCCAAUUCCUGCUGCCAUGAGGCACAGUCCCUGCUGCUGUGGGACCCAAUCCCUGCUGCCAGUGGCCCAGGAGUGACAGCUGGGAAUGUGAGAUCGCCCUGUGCAGCACGGCAGCCCCCAGCAUCAGCCCUGGAGCCAUUGUGAUGUGUACCAGCUUAGGUUACUGCGAGUGUUUAUAAAGUUUCCAUGAAGUGAAA